AAUGAACUAAAAUGAAGAGAACAAUGAUCAACCACAAUAAUAAGAUAAUUAAGUAAUUGAAAACUAGAAGUAAGUAGAAAAGAAAGUAGUUGUUCAACCAUUUGAAUAAGAGAAACAAAAAAUCUAAUAUAAAUAUUUAGGAUAGCCUCCUUUUGAAAUCAACCCAGAAGAAGAAGUAACUAUUAAAUUUAUGAAAGGAUAUUAGUUGUAUUGAAGGCAGAAUACCUAAUAUAUAAGCACUUGACAAAUGUAUCAAUUUAAAACGAUUGUGUUUAAGAACAAAUUUAAUUUCUAAAUUAGAAGGACUAUAAAAUUGUGUAUUACUUGAAGAAUUAGAUUUAUAUGAUAAUAGAUUGAUUAAGAUAGAAAAUAUUGAAUUAUUAGUCAAUUUAGAAAUCCUUGAUUUAUCAUUUAACAAUAUUAAAAAAAUAGAAAAUUUAGAAAACUAAAAGAAACUAAAGAAAUUGUUUUUAUUAAGUAAUAAAAUUAAAAAGGUAAUAAUUAUUGCUAUUUAUAGAUAUAAAAUAUAGAUUUUCCUGAACUUACAAUGUUAGAACUUGGAUCUAAUAAAAUAUCAGAAAUAGAAAAUCUAGAUAGAUUACCUAAACUUAGAGAAUUAUUUUUAGGCAAAAAUAAAAUAUAAAUAAUAAAAAAUCUAGAACCUUUAGCUGAUACAUUAGAAUUGUUAUCUUUAUCUUGCAACAAAAUUUAAUUUAUUUAACCAGAAAUAUAAUGUCUAAAGAAUUUGAAUUAUUUGUAAAUUGCUGAAAAUUUCAUAAUAAAUAUUGAAAAUUUAAAUGGAUUAAAAGAAUUAGAAUUAUUGGAUUUGGCUCAUAAUAAAAUUACAAAAGUUUAAGGUAUAGAUUAAUUAUAAAAAUUAUAAGAUUUUUGGGUAUUAUUUAUUACUAUUAAUAGAUAAAUAAUAAUAAGAUUGAAUAUUUUAAAGAUUUUGAAUAAUUAAAAUUGAAUCAGAAUAUUAAAACGAUUUAUGUUGAAUAAAAUCCUGUUGCUUAAUUUCCUGAUUAUAAAAUGUAAUUACUGUCUUUAAUACCAAAUUUAAUUCAAAUAGAUGCUGUAAGAAUAAGAUGA